GGCGCGCCGUCGUCAGUCGGUCCGUGCAGCCGCCGCGCUCGGAGGUGGGCGCUGCUUCUCCGUCUGCUGCUGCUCCUCCUCCGCCUCUCCCUCGCCUCGAGUCCGGAGUCCCCACGCGCCAGCGGAGAGUAUGGUAGAUGACCACGCCGCCGGACAACCCUCUUACCAGUACGGCGGCAACGGUCCAGGCAUCGGCGACUACAUGGCUCAGGAGGACGACUGGGAUCGGGACUUGCUGCUCGACCCGGCCUGGGAGAAGCAGCAGCGCAAGACUUUCACAGCAUGGUGCAAUUCCCACCUUCGGAAAGCCGGCACGCAGAUCGAGAACAUCGACGAAGACUUCCGCGACGGUCUCAAACUGAUGCUGUUGCUGGAAGUUAUUUCAGGAGAACGGUUACCGAAGCCAGAAAGAGGGAAAAUGAGAGUACAUAAAAUCAACAACGUGAACAAAGCGCUGGAUUUCAUUGCAAGCAAAGGAGUCAAGUUGGUUUCCAUAGGGGCUGAAGAAAUUGUCGAUGGCAACGCCAAGAUGACCCUGGGUAUGAUUUGGACCAUCAUCCUCCGGUUUGCCAUCCAGGAUAUUUCAGUGGAAGAGACUUCAGCCAAAGAAGGACUCUUGCUGUGGUGCCAAAGGAAGACAGCGCCUUACAAGAACGUCAACGUGCAAAACUUCCACAUCAGUUGGAAAGACGGCCUGGCUUUUAACGCUUUGAUACACAGACACCGACCAGAACUCAUUGAAUAUGACAAGCUCAGAAAGGACGAUCCGGUUACGAAUCUGAACAACGCUUUUGAGGUCGCCGAGAAGUACCUUGACAUUCCCAAGAUGUUAGACGCAGAAGAUAUUGUAGGCACGCUCAGGCCAGACGAGAAGGCCAUCAUGACUUAUGUCUCCUGCUUCUAUCAUGCUUUCUCAGGGGCUCAGAAGGCUGAGACUGCUGCAAACAGGAUUUGCAAAGUGUUGGCCGUCAACCAAGAGAAUGAACACCUGAUGGAAGAUUACGAGAAGCUGGCUUCUGACCUGCUGGAGUGGAUUCAGCGCACCAUCCCUUGGCUGGAGAACCGGGUUCCCCAGAAGACCAUGCAAGAGAUGCAGCAAAAGCUGGAGGAUUUCCGGGACUACCGGCGUGUACACAAACCCCCCAAGGUGCAGGAGAAGUGCCAGCUGGAGAUCAACUUCAACACCCUACAGACCAAACUGCGACUCAGCAACCGGCCGGCCUUCAUGCCCUCUGAAGGUAGAAUGGUCUCGGAUAUCAACAACGGCUGGCAGCACUUGGAACAGGCCGAGAAAGGCUUUGAAGAGUGGCAGCUGAACGAAAUCCGGAGGCUGGAGAGAUUGGAUCACUUGGCUUUGAAGUUCCGGCAAAAGGCGUCUAUCCACGAGGCCUGGACCGAAGGAAAGGAAGCCAUGCUGAAGCAGAAGGACUACGAGACGGCCACGCUCUCCGACAUCAAGGCCCUGAUCCGGAAGCACGAAGCCUUUGAGAGCGACCUGGCAGCUCACCAAGACCGCGUGGAACAGAUUGCGGCCAUCGCUCAGGAACUCAACGAGCUGGAUUAUUACGACUCCCCCAGUGUCAACGCCCGGUGCCAAAAGAUCUGUGAUCAGUGGGAUUCUCUGGGAACUUUGACCCACACACGGAGGGAAGCGCUGGAGAAAACAGAGAAGCAGCUGGAGACCAUUGACCAGCUCCACCUGGAAUACGCCAAGCGAGCCGCGCCCUUCAACAACUGGAUGGAAAGUGCAAUGGAGGACCUCCAGGACAUGUUCAUUGUCCACACCAUAGAGGAGAUAGAGGGCUUGAUUGCUGCCCACGAUCAGUUCAAAUCCACGUUGCCUGAUGCUGACCGAGAACGAGAAGCAAUCCUGGACAUCCAGAGUGAAGCGCAGAAGAUCGCGGACUACAACAACAUAAAACUCUCUGGGAACAAUCCCUACACUUCAGUCACGCCUCAGAUCAUCAACUCCAAGUGGGAAAGGGUCCAGCAACUGGUACCCAAGAGGGACAGCGCCCUUCAGGAUGAGCAGAGCAAGCAACAGUCCAAUGAACGCUUGCGCCGGCAGUUCGCCAGUCAGGCCAACAUCGUGGGGCCCUGGAUCCAGACCAAGAUGGAGGAGAUUGGGCGCAUCUCCAUCGAGAUGAAUGGCACCCUGGAGGACCAGCUGAACCACCUCAAGCAAUACGAGCUGAACAUCGUUGAGUACAAACCCAACAUCGACCUCUUGGAACAGCAGCACCAGCUCAUCCAGGAGGCUCUGAUCUUCGACAACAUGCACACUAAUUACACCAUGGAGCACAUCCGGGUUGGAGGGGAACAGCUCCUCACCACCAUUGCCCGGACCAUCAACGAGGUGGAGAAUCAGAUCCUGACCAGGGAUGCUAAAGGGAUCAGCCAGGAGCAGAUGCAAGAAUUCCGGGCCUCCUUUAAUCAUUUUGACAAGGACCACGGCGGCUCGCUGGGACCCGAAGAGUUCAAGGCCUGUCUCAUCAGCUUGGGAUACGAUGUGGAGAAUGACAGACAGGGCGAUGCAGAGUUCAACCGGAUCAUGAGCGUCGUGGACCCCAACAACAGCGGUGUGGUGACUUUCCAAGCCUUCAUCGACUUCAUGUCCCGGGAAACCACCGACACAGACACGGCUGACCAGGUUAUCGCUUCCUUCAAAGUUCUGGCUGGAGACAAGAACUACAUCACGGCAGAGGAACUGCGGCGAGAGCUGCCCCCCGACCAGGCGGAAUACUGUAUUGCCCGCAUGGCACCUUACCAGGGGCCCGACGCCAUUCCCGGAGCCCUCGACUACAAGUCCUUCUCCACGGCGCUGUAUGGCGAGAGCGAUCUGUGAGCGUGUGGCGGCUACGGCAGCGGCGGCGGCGGCAAGCGCCGGCACUUCUUAGGAAGGGCGGAGGGGACGCCCAUUCCGUUUCCUCCCACCCCGUAUUUUCGUUUUUCCUCUCUUUCCUCUCGGUCUCUUUCUCUCACUUGCGCACACCCACACCACCGAUACGACUACUCUUCUUCUCCCGCGCUACUUCUUUUCACUGAAGACAAGAAGACGCCUCCUCGUGUUUUCUUUUUCUUUCUUUUUUCUUUUUUAAAUUGUGACUUCUACAAGCACGGUUACCUAUGCAACAAACAUGGAUUUUUUUUUCUCCCCCCCCCCCUUCGGCAAGGACACCCCCUCCCUCCCCCCCCCCCCCGGGAGGGACUCAGCAGCCCUCUUGAUAAUUGCAUUGUGUUGCAGUGAUAGGCAGGGAGAAUCAUGGCGUCCCAGAGUGCCAGGUCCAGCAAACAGGCCUCCAGACACAGUUUGGGGAAGGGGCUCGUUCAACAUGUAUGUAUCCCUUUGUAAUAGGGGGUUAUAUAUAUUUGUUUCUUAUCACAUUCCAAAAGUAGGGGAAAGCUUCUUUAAAGUCUCUGUUGUCCCGCCCCCCCGGCUUUGUUUCACUUUCUUUUUAAUUUAUGUAGCUGGUAGGCAGGAACUCGGUGUACAGAGUGCUGGUGCGUGGAUAGUAGGGUGAUCCAGCAGGCACCGAAAUCCACUUUUCUCUGGAUGUGUGUGUGUGUGUGUGUUUUAAUGCAGAACAGGAUCCUGGCCCCUUCCCCACUUAAGUUAGGCACUUCCUUGAGUGCAAUCACCUUCCUUUGCCGUUGUAAAACCCAUUGGCCACUUUUCAUUUAGCAACGCCAAAGUGACAGGACCCUGCCCUGCCUGAUUCACCGUGGUUCAGCACAGCGGGGAGGCACACUUGCUGGACCUGGGUAGCAGGUCUCUCAGCCCCACCGGCUCACGAUGGACUCCUUGCCCCCAACCCACCUUGUUGAAAUACAUCCCAAGGUGGCGGGUGCGUCUAACGUUCUGCCUUAGAAGAAGUGGGCUCUCUUGGAUCCUGUCUCAAAUUAUUUGGGUGGGGGGCAUUUCUGGAUGCAAAUGCUCGCCCCUGACCACCACGACCACCACCCCCCAAAUCUCUCUCUACUGCCGUUUUGACUCUUCUUGGCUCCAAGAGGCAAAACAAGCCAGACUUUGCUUGCGAGCUGGCUUCCCAUUUUUGCAUUUUCUCUUUCUCUCUCCCCACCCCGCCGCCCCAUUGUGGGACAGUGACCAAGAUAAGGGAAUAUUGACCUAUGGAACAUCCAUCCUUACUUUUGGAGGGGGGAUUCUUAAGGGGGUGUAUUAAAAAGGGGAAGCUUUUGGCUUGGUUUGUCAGCCUGGCUGGGACCACGAAGGAAGCCCACACAGGUUUGCAAAACGGGGCAGGAAGAAAGGCAGCCAACUUUGCACCAGAAGUUCUGUGAAGCCGCUCAGCUGUUCUUAUUUUGGUGGCUGGAGGGCGGCCUGGAACCAAGUCUUCCUUCCUUCCUUUUUUCUCUUUACUCUGAAUAACUCUUUUUCAUUGCUUCACCCUCUUAGUUCUACUUGUAAUUUCCUCAUCAGUGACGCAGGGUUUUCUGAGGACCAAAUUCAAAUGAAAGAGAACCAUGCGAAUCCGAUUUUUUUUUUUUUAAAAAAAAAAGAGACACAGCAAGGGUUUGCAAUUUAACAACAUCCAAAUGGUUAUUAUUAUUAAAUAUAAAUAUAUAUAUUCCUCUAGCAUUGUAUAUUGUUAAUUGAUGGGGGGGCAUUGUUUUCUGUCCCUUUCCCACCCACCCACCCCCUAUUUUCAUCAUGUAGUUAAAGAGUUACAGCUGCCUGUAGCACCAGAAACAUAACAUUUCCACACUGUUUUGGGGGUGGGGGGUGGGGGGGGUAAGAGGGCAUCCUUUUGGUUUUGUUUCUCUCUUUUUUUUGCCAUUGGGAAAAGUUUAAUUACUUAUUUUAUUGCAGUUGCUACAAAGAUCUGUCUACCAAGAGUAAAGCCUUGACAUAAUAAGGAGUAAACCAGGUUAUGUCUGCCUCUCCUGGCCAUCAACUCUGUUCUAAAACUUCCACACUUUUCUGAAGGAGCAGCUCUCCUUGCUCUUGGGAAACCAGACAAUAAAAUAUAAUAUUUUUAA